AGGAAUCAAAUCGCUGGACGCGCGAACCAUCACAGUUCUGGAUAUUUCAUCCGCUUUAUCGAAAACAAACGGCUAACUCUUGAGGGAAAUUAGUACAUAGAGAGGAAAACUAAAAGGAUCAAGCAUCGCUGGUGUGUUUAGAGCCGUUCGGCGUUCUUAAAAGACGAAUCCAAAGCUACGUGUAAAGGCACCACGCUGGAACCUAAACUGGCGAAAGUCCACACUCUCGGCAGUUUAAUGCUCUCGCUAAUUCAAUCGCAAUUUCGACAACUUAGGACUUAUAUGACUUUUGAACACUUGCUAACAAGGACUAGGACUUGAAGCUGAAAGUUUUUGAGGCGUUGAGAAUGUACGCAGCGAGGAAUUGUGCGAGAUUGUUUAAAAGGCAGCAAUUGUUGGUUUCCGGAAACUUUACGUUUCAAAGAUGGCAGCAAACCGCGGCUUUGGUCGCUCAGGAGCCGUUUUUGAACGGCAGCAGUGGCAAUUAUGUGGAAGAGAUGUACCUAUCUUGGAAAGAAGACCCAAAGAGUGUUCAUCGGUCUUGGGAUGCUUAUUUCCGCCAAGUUCAGAAUGGGAUGCCUCCAGGACAGGCCUACCAACCACCACCCAUUCUGGGACAGAUGGCUGGCAUGGUAGCAACAAGACAAACUGUUCCAAGUGCUGUGGACCAAUCCACUAUCAACAGUCUUGUGUCAGAUCACUUGGCAGUGUACUCUUUGAUUCGUUGUUACCAGAUCAGGGGUCAUAACAAAGCCCAGUUAGACCCUCUUGGUAUCCUGCAGGCUGACCUCUCAGAUUCCAUUCCUGCUGAUCUUUCUCUUGAAUACUGGGGACUUGGAGAGGCUGAUCUAGAUAAAGUUUUCCAGCUUCCUAACACAACGUAUAUUGGUGGCAACACUGAUGUUUUGACUUUAAGAGAAAUAGUCAGCAGGCUUGAGAGUUCAUAUUGUGGACACAUUGGGCUGGAUUAUAUGUUCAUUCCAGAAAAAUCUAAAUGUGACUGGAUUAGGAAGAGGUUUGAGAGUCCAGGAAUCGUAACAUUAGAUGUGGAGGACAAAAAGACUUGUUUAAGGAGGCUCAUUCGUUCAACUGGGUUUGAGGCUUUUCUAGCCAAGAAGUGGUCGUCAGAGAAACGUUUUGGCGUCGAAGGUUGUGAAGUUCUGGUUCCAGCAAUGAAGACAAUCAUUGACAAGUCAAGCGAGCUUGGCGUUGAGAGCAUCAUCAUGGGAAUGCCACACAGGGGCAGGCUAAAUGUUCUGGCCAAUGUUUGCCGCAAAUCUCUGGAGCAGAUCUUUACUCAGUUUGAUCCAACGCUCGAAGCUUCUGAUGAAGGGUCAGGAGAUGUAAAAUAUCAUCUUGGGAUGUCACAUGAACGCCUCAACAGAGCAACUAACAAAAUCAUCCGCUUGGCUGUGGUCGCAAAUCCAUCUCAUUUGGAAGCUGUUGAUCCUGUGGUUGAGGGAAAGACCAGAUCAGAGCAAUUUUACAGAGGAGACACACAAGGGAAAAAGGUACAAUUGCUAAUAAUCUGUGUUGUCCAGGUUGUGGAUGCCCCAAUAUUCCAUGUGAAUGCUGAUGACCCUGAAGCUGUCCUGCACGUCUGUAAGGUUGCGGCGGAAUGGAGAGCAGAGUUUGGCAAAGAUGUUGUUAUUGAUUUGGUGUGUUACCGUCGCCAUGGUCACAAUGAAGGUGACAACCCAAUGUUCACUCAACCUAUCAUGUACAAGAAUAUUGCCAAAAAGAAUAACAUCUUGGAUUUGUAUUCAAAGAAACUGAUACAGGAGGGUGUGGUCACUGAGGAGUGGGUGCAGGAAGAGAAAGUAAAUUAUGAGAAGAUCUGUGAACAGGCUCUUGUUGAUGCAAAGUCAGAAAAGCGGGUGUUACUUAACAGGGAUUGGCUCGAUUCCCCAUGGAAAGGGUUCUUCAAGAAAGGCUAUAAACCUUCUCUACCUGUAAGACCAACAGGAGUUUCUCUUGACUCGCUGAAGCACAUUGGAAAUGUAUUUAGUACUGCCCCGGGUGGAGACUUCAAGGUUCAUGGAGGACUCCGUCGAAUCCUGAAGGCUCGCCAUGAGUUGCUGGAGAAGGGCUAUGUGGACUGGGCAGUGGGUGAGGCUCUGGCGUUUGGCUCUCUUCUCAUGGAGGGUGUGCAUGUUAGACUCAGUGGACAGGAUGUGGAAAGAGGAACAUUCAGUCAUCGUCAUCAUAUUCUCCAUCACCAAGACAAAGAUAAAGUGACGUACUGUCCACUGAAUGACCUCAGUGCUGAUCAAGCUGUCUACACUGUUGUCAAUAGCUCCUUAUCAGAAUAUGCUGUGCUAGGUUUUGAGUUGGGAUUUAGCAUGACAAAUCCUUUCGCACUUGUCUGUUGGGAAGCUCAGUUUGGAGACUUCAACAACACUGCCCAGUGUAUUAUUGACCAGUUCAUAAGCAGCGGACAAGACAAGUGGGUCAGACAAAGUGCUCUUACCAUGUUGUUACCGCAUGGCUAUGAAGGAAUGGGACCUGAACAUUCCAGUGCCAGACCAGANAGUGUAUAA